AUGCUGCUUGCUCCCCAACUGCGGGGCCGAGGUGCGUCAGUCUGUCUGGGUCUGGGGGACGGACCGAGGGUCGCUUCUUUAGGGCUCGAGGAGCUGAGUUCGGAACGAGCCCGCACAGUGCACCGCCUGGAGCGUUUGCUGGAGCCGGGCAGUGCCGUGAACGCCCCUCGAGACUCCUUCUGCCGGUCUCCAGGGCACUUAGCUGCCCGGGCAGGACAUCCCUUCUUUCUGCUCUGGCAGCUGCAGUCGGGAGCUGACCUCAAUCAACAGGAUUCUUUUGGAGAAGCUCCAAUACAUAAGGCUGCUAAAGCUGGGAGCUUGGAAUGUCUCAGUCUGCUUAUAGCCAAUGAUGCCCUAAUUGACUUAAGUAAUAAGGAUGGGCAGACUGCAGAAGAUUUGGCAUGGUCUUGUGGAUUUCUGGAAUGUGCCAAAUUUCUCACAACCGUUAAAUAUACACAAAGUAUGAAAUUAAGUGAACAGUCCAAAUGUUCAUUCAAAACUGACAACUGUGGUUUACUGCUUAAAAAUAAAAGAGCAUACAGAAAUGUGGACAACUCAAAUGGGAAGAAACAACGAUUAGAUGGUAGGUAAUAUGUAGAUUCUACCCAAUAGCCUAUUAAAUAUUUCUAUAGAAUCAUUAGACUUAAAGCUCAUUACUAUACUAAAACCUUACUCAUUUAAUAAUUCAUUGAAGUUCUGUCUUUAGUUUCGAACUGCUGAGUAAUAUUCUAUUCCCAUUAGAACACAGUUAAUACUCAAUAUUUUUGUUUAACUUUCCCAGACUUCAAGAAUUCUCAUAAUUAUAACCAUAUAACUUUAAAGUUGGCAAUUGCAGUGCACAAUUUUGAAUCUGCUAAAGAGGGAAAGCAUUCUCAAAACUGUUCCUGAAGUGAUUAAAUUUGUAGACAAAUAGUGUUCAUCCCCAUCCUCUCAACAGUGCUAGACCCUGUAGAGACUCAUCCCAGGCAUAUGCUUUUCAUAAGGAACAAUUCAUCCAAAGAAAUGAAAGGGAGACCCUUUUUAAAGGAUUUUUAAAAAACCCUUUAGGGUUCUUCUGAUAUUGCUGGCCUGCCCUGAUCAGUCAGCACUGCCUCUCCUCUUCCCUUCAUUUUAUGGCUUAUUUCAUGUCACUGUGUUAGGAAAAGUUUUAAAAAGUAUUAUUCAGAAAAGUGUAUUUUCAGCAAUCUCUAGUAAAAGAUUACAGUUUUUAUAGUUAUAGGAACCUUACCCCAUUUCCUACAGGUUCAGUGUGUCAACAUUCAUGUUUUUGCUUAUCAUGCCUUUUUCUAGGACCAUUAAGGACCAAGUGUAUUUAGAUUCUGAUGAUAACUAGUGGUUGUUUAGAGUAAUGUAAAUUUCAUUAUACAGUAUUUUUUAUUAAUUACAAAGAAAUACAGAAGAAACAAAUCAAAAUGUAUUCUUAAAGUUAUCUCAACAUAUUUAGAAAUGUAUGGUGAAUUGUUAUAUAUCACACAAAGUAAUAUAUACUUUAUAGUAUUCAGUAUUUCCCUCAUCGUAAAAGUUCCAGGGGAAAAUGUCACAAAGAUAAUAACUUUUUUUUUUUUAAAUAACAGCAAAUCAUUUGUGUUAGUAGGAAGCUACUGAAAGAAGUUUGAAGCAGACCUUUAAAUUGAUGGUUUCUUUAUGGGCCACAAGCUACUGAAUUUAUCCAUAAAAUAUUCUCAUCUUCUUCUAAGAAGGAGCAAGAUAUCAAAACUUUCUUCUGCUUGAAGAUUAUUUUAAGAAUACCUAUAUUUGCAUAGUUUUGGUAUGCUGCAUUUUGAUUGUAUGUGUUCCAACGUCAUAUCUGUCUUUAACUUAAAUAUUUAAGUAUUUUGUUAGUGCUGUGUUUAUACAUUUUCUAAUGCUAUAGAAAGAAUAGCAUCUAGUG